AUGUCCAAGGGAUUAAUCUUCAUAACGGGGGCCUCUGGCUUUAUUGGCAGCGCCACUGCCGUGGAAGCUCUAAAGGCUGGAUAUCAACUACGAGUUUGUCUGCGUAGGCCAUCGGACCAACUGCAGACCUUGUUAUCAAAGUACAGCAAGCAGGUCGAAUUUGUCGUCAUUCCAGAUCUUACGGAUGAAACGGCACUCAGUGACAAGCUGGACGGUGUGGACUUUGUGCUCCACCUUGCAUCCCCCAUUCCUCAUGGCACCGAUAAGGAAACGUACUUCACUCCAGCGGUGAAAGGGACCACUACCUUACUGAAAGCGGCAACCAAGGUACCGAGCAUCAAGAAGGUCGUGGUUACCUCAUCUAUGGCUGCUUUGGUACCGUUGGCUGGUAUUCCAGAUGGUGGAGUCAUCCAAGAGAACAAUAACUGGGACUUCGCAGUUGAUGAAAAUGGAAGUUUCGAGGAUCCUACGAACCCGGCUGCAACACCCAUGAUACUAUAUAUGGCUUCUAAGUUGCUUGCAAACACGGCAACCUGGGACUUUUGGAAAACGGUCAAGCCGCAGUACGCCUUGGUCACGCUACACCCAGCAUUUGUGUAUGGCCACAACUUUAUGCAGACAUCCGCCGACGGAAUCAGGGGAGGGUCCAACGGGGCUCUAUGGGGGUUUAUUAUGGAAGGCAACCCGACGGGAUUUUUGACGGCAGUGCAUGUUCAGGAUGUAGCCGAGGCGCAUAUCAGAGCGCUGGAUCCGAAGAUAGGGGAUGGCUCCAAGUAUUUGCUGGCUGGAAAAAGUAUUACCGGGCCAGAAGUUGCGCAGUUUGUACAAAGGGUCUACCCAGAUGCUGGAGCAGCUAUCACCGAAGAUGCCCAAGGUGUGUCGAACUUAGUCAAUACGACCAAAGCCGAGACAGAGCUUGGGAUUAAAUGGAGGUCAUUUGAAGCUAUGGUGCAGGAGGUGAUAGAUCAACAGCUUGGCUUUCGCAAGAAUGCAUCUGGCUAG